AUGGUGGGCUCUGCCGCUCGGAACAUGCUGCUGCGAGCCGCUUGGAGGCGGGCGGCGGCGGCGGCUGCCGCGGUGGCCUGUCCGAGGUCCACGGCGCCCACCCGGGGACUGCGCCUGCGCGUUGUAGAUCAUGCUCCCCAUUCGGCUGUUCCCUCAGAGGGAGAGGCGGUGCUGCGACCUCUGUAUAUGGAUGUGCAGGCUACAACUCCUCUGGAUCCCAGGGUGCUUGAUGCCAUGCUCCCUUACCUCGUCAACUACUACGGGAACCCACAUUCUCGGACUCAUGCGUAUGGCUGGGAGAGUGAGGCAGCCAUGGAACAUGCCCGCCAGCAAGUUGCAUCCCUGAUUGGAGCUGAUCCUCGAGAGAUCAUUUUCACUAGUGGAGCUACUGAAUCCAACAACAUAGCAAUUAAGGGAGUGGCCAGGUUCUACAGUUCAAGGAAAAAGCACUUGGUCACUACCCAGACGGAACACAAGUGUGUGCUGGAUUCGUGCCGCUCACUGGAGGCUGAGGGCUUUCGGGUCACUUACCUCCCAGUGCAGAAGAGUGGCAUCAUUAACCUGAAGGAACUAGAGGCUGCCAUCCAGCCAGACACCAGCCUGGUCUCCGUUAUGACUGUGAACAAUGAGAUUGGAGUGAAGCAGCCGAUUGCAGAAAUAGGGCAGAUUUGCAGUUCCAGAAAGGUAUACUUCCAUACUGAUGCAGCCCAAGCUGUUGGGAAAAUCCCUCUUGAUGUCAACGACAUGAAAAUUGAUCUCAUGAGCAUCAGCGGUCACAAAAUCUAUGGCCCUAAAGGGGUUGGCGCUAUCUAUGUCCGCCGGAGACCCCGGGUACGUGUGGAGGCCCUGCAGAGUGGAGGCGGGCAGGAGCGGGGUAUGCGGUCUGGGACAGUGCCCACACCCUUGGUGGUGGGGCUGGGAGCUGCAUGUGAGUUGGCACAACAAGAGAUGGAGUACGACCAUAAGCGGAUCUCCCGGUUAGCAGAGCGGCUGACACGGAAGAUAAUGAAGAGCCUUCCGGAUGUGGUGAUGAACGGCGACCCUACACAGCACUACCCCGGCUGUAUCAACCUGUCCUUUGCGUAUGUGGAAGGGGAGAGUCUGCUGAUGGCCCUCAAGGAUGUGGCCUUGUCGUCAGGGAGUGCCUGUACUUCUGCAUCACUGGAGCCCUCUUAUGUCCUCAGAGCGAUUGGUGCUGAUGAGGAUUUAGCACACUCCUCCAUCAGGUUUGGCAUUGGCCGCUUCACAACAGAAGAGGAAGUGGACUACACUGUGGAGAAGUGCAUUUACCAUGUGAAACGUCUUCGAGAAAUGAGUCCUCUCUGGGAGAUGGUGCAGGAUGGCAUUGACCUCAAGAGCAUCAAGUGGACCCAACAUUAGAAGAGUGGGCCUGUGACUUUGUGCUGGCCUGGCUACUCCUGCCUCACUGAUCCAUGUACAGCCAGCAGCCUUGUUACCUGCAGCAGGUGGUCCAUGGACACAGAAGAGUUGAAAUAGCCCGGUUGACCUCACCACAGAACAUUUUCAAGAGAGAAAUUCAAGGAAGCAUCUUUCCUGGCCUCCUCAGGAACUCUUUUGUACUGUAUAGUGUGUGGACGUUCUUAUCUGAGGGCUGGCAGGCACUGCUGUGCUGCUGCCCCUAGGCAUACUUCCUGUAGGGAGAUGAAGGACCUGCAGGAAGGCUGGAGGUUCAAAGACUGCCUCUGCAGGAUCAGUUGAAUCUUCACUCUUGCAGCUCAGCUGGACUGGCACAGUUAGCAACAAGCAUAAACACACUUUAUUUUACUAUUUUUGUUGCUUCAAAAGACAUCUCUUUAUACUGACUUCAGCCAAAACAGCAGGUGUUAUUAAAGGCUUGUUUCUUUUGUGUUCUCAUCUUCCUUUCUUUCUUUUGCUUUAAUGAAAGUAGAAAUAUCCAUAUGAUGUCAUGUAUUAUUCUAAUAACUUGUUUAUUUCCUUAAAAUCUGUUGAUUGAAGACUGGAGAAAUAAAUUCCUGUCCCUCCC